AGUUUUUUUUUUUAUCAGGACUUUUACUUUUACUUCACUACAUUUAUAAGUUAAAUAAUAUACUUUUACUUCGUUACUUUGACAUUUGCCACCUCGUUACUCGUUACAAAUUAAAACAGUCUCUGCAUGAGAUUCCGAGAGGACGAGAAGAACCACGUACGGUACUCUCGCGAAGAAGGUAUAAAUACGGGAUGCGCGCACCGCGCGGGGGCGGCAGAGAGAUCACUACAAACAUGGCAGCCGCAGAGCAUGUGGAUGAGGGAGACACAGAAGACGACGCACAGAGUUCAACAGAAGUCGACGACGGACACCCGUGGUCAUACCUGGAAAGUAUGUUCAGCUACCUCGGGAUGCGGGCAAAUUCCUACCGAAUGAAGUGCAUGUUAUGCCUUCCGAAGUGCCACGAAAUAAAGGCCUUCAAAAGCUCCCCGUCCAACCUCAAAAAACACAUCCAAAGAGCACAUCCACAACAUCUAAAGAAAUAUGAGCAGCUGACCUCACAAAAAAGAAAGAGGGCUUCGGAAGCUGGGACCUCCACCCUCAAACAGACCACGUUGCUGGCUACCCGAUCCAUAUCUCAGAGUGCUGUUGACAGGGCCAUUGUUAAGUAUGUUGUCAACAAUCUCCAGCCAUUGUCAACUGUCGAGAAUGAAGCCUUCAGAGAGCUUCUCACAGAUCUUCUUCCUACUGCCAAAGUCAUCACACGGGUCACCCUGCGAUCAAGGAUUGAAGAUUUAGCAAAGUCUAUGAAAAACGUGUUAACUGAGGAGAUGAGUAAAGUGGACCACAUCGCCACCACUACAGAUUGCUGGUCAGUUAGGAGAAGGAGCUUCCUUGGUGUGACUGCUCAUUGGUGA